AUGUCCAACGAUGACAGCUGGACAGAAUCGAGCGGAACAAGCGCCCAGCAGAAACCACCUGCACACCAACGCAGCAUCUUCUCCCUCCCACCGACCGUGAAGCGCAUCUUUGACAAAUUCCCUCUUGUCACGUACGAAGCAAAUCCACUACCUAUUCGAUCCCCGAAGAAUAGGGAAGAGCAUGUUCUACACGUAUUCGGAAGUGAAGAGGGCGUCAGAGAGGGAAGGCCGAGCUUCAACCCGGGGUGCUUGAGAUGGCAGACGUUUUUGAAGCUUGCAGGGGUGGAGUUUAAGACUGUGGCUUCGAACAAUCACGCGAGUCCCAGUGGUGUCCUGCCGUUUCUGCUACCGGCUGCUCAAGAUGGAAAGGCGCAGGAACCUGUGCCGGCGGGGAAUAAGAUGAAGAAGUGGGUGGUGAAGGAGGGAAAGAAAGUGGAGGAGAGUAGCGAUUUGAGGGUUGAGGCUUAUAUGGCGCUGAUUGAGGGGAGGGUGAGAAAGGCUUGGGUAUGUUAUUUUCCCUGCUCAACAUGGAUCAAGGACAAUUGCUAAUGAGUUGGCAGCUCUACCAACUCUACCUCACACCGCAGAACUCCGACCUCGUCCGCAAAUUAUACGUUUCCCCCUGCUCGCGCAUGCCACUGGUCCAAAUGACCAUCGCAAGCCACCUCCGCUCAGCUGCCGAGGCCGAAUUGAUCAAAUCCGCCGGCACCAACGUCGUCUCGGCCCUGGAUCUCAUCCGGGACGCAGAGGAAGCUCUCCACGCGCUCUCGCAGCUUCUGGGAGAGGGCGAAUGGUUCUUCGGACAAUCCCGACCAGGAUUCUUCGACGCGACUGUCUUUGCGUACACGCAUCUGAUUCUGGACGAUGCCCUGGGCUGGAAACAGAAUGAGCUGAAGGAUGCGCUGGGCAAGCAUGCGAAUCUCGUGAGGCACCGGGAGCGGAUACGAGAGAUGUACUAUUAG